GCGCCGCUUGCGCGCAUGCGUGCUGCGAGGUUUGGGAAAAGCCGGAGGUAUGGAACAGCUUAACCAGGGCAAAACAAAAGAGAUGGUUCUCAUCACAGGAGGAGGAGGCUAUUUUGGUUUCCGCCUUGCAUGCGCUCUGCAUGAAGCGGGGGCAUUAGUCACUCUCUUUGAUGUCCAGCCCCCGAGCGAGGCCAUUCCAGAUGGCAUGGCGUUCCUGCGGGGAGACGUCAGGGAAUACUUGGAGGUGGAGGGGGCAACGCGGGGGGUCGGCUGCGUCUUCCACACCGCGUCCUACGGGAUGUCGGGGAGAGAGCAGCUGGACCGCGCCCUGAUCGAGGAGGUGAACAUGCGGGGCACGGAGCACGUGAUCCGGGCCUGCGUGGGAAACGCCGUCCCCAGGCUGGUCUACACGAGCACCUUCAACGUGGUGUUCGGGGGGCAGGUGAUCGAAAACGGAGACGAGUCCCUUCCCUAUCUGCCGCUCCAUCUCCAUCCUGACCACUACUCCAGGACCAAGUCCCUAGCUGAAAUGGCGGUGCUGAGGGCCAACGGCACAGCCUUGCGAGGCGGGGCGGGCCUCUUGAGAACCUGUGCCCUGCGUCCGGCAGGGAUUUACGGGCCCGGUGAGCGGAGGCACCUGCCGCGAAUCGUCCGCUACAUCGAAAGCGGGAUCUUCAGGUUUGUUUACGGGGACGCCGGGAGCUUGGUGGAGUUCGUCCAUGUGGACAACCUGGCGGCCGCGCACGUGCUGGCCGCCGAGGCCCUGACUGCUGCAAAACGGCACCGAGCAGCAGGCCAGGCCUACUUCAUAUCCGACGGCAGGCCCGUUAACAACUUCGAGUUUUUCCGGCCUUUGGUGGAAGGCCUUGGCUACCCUUUCCCAAGGCUCCGCCUCCCGGUCUCCCUCGUCUACUUCUUUGCGUUCCUCACGGAGAUGGUUCACUUCCUCGUUGGCCGACUGUACAACUUCCAGCCUCUGCUCACGCGGACGGAGGUCUACAAAACGGGUGUCACCCAUUACUUUAGCAUGGCCAAGGCCGAGGAGGAGCUGGGCUACGAGCCCCGGCGUUACAGCCUGGAUGACGUCGUGCAGUGGUUUAAAGACAAGGGCCACGGAAGAAAGCCACGUUCCCCCUCGUUCAAACAGCUGCUCCGGGACGUGUUUCUCAUGGCUAUGUUAGUUGCUGUUAUCUUUUCCUACAUUCCAGUUGUUGGCACGUAACUGCAUUGAACUGGCCAAGAGAUCUAAACUGAUGAGAAGGAAUUUCUAAUAUAUUAUUAAAUGUGGCAUUAUAAAAUGCGGUAUACUUAGUAGGGAUUUACUACAUUGUGUGCUGUUAGAGCCCUAACAAGCUCUUAGCUCGUGCUCUAAAACAAGAUCAGGAAUUGAUGGCAUUGUUUUUAACCUUAUGUUUGCUGUAAAAACUGUCAGUGGUUGGACAGGCAGUGUUGUGUGGACUGAUGUGUUACUCUCAGAGAUGUAUAACAUUCCACAAAGAAAGAAGGAGUACUCACAACACAACACUGCUCCUGGUGUAGGUGCUAGUCAGUUUGGGGUUACUCUCGGCAGUGCUGGUACAGGUUUGCACAGCUGGUAGGACUGGACCAAUUGAGGGGAAGUGUCCUGCUCAAGUGUACAAUAGGACUUCAGCAGGGACUUGAACCCACAAUCGUCCAGAUGGCAGCCCAGAUUUCUAACCUCUAAUAGUCUUGUCCUGGUCUUUAACACUUCAGUGUUUAUAGUUCCAGAUCUCAACAAGAUCCUUUUUUGUAAACGCCUCUUUAAACAAAUACAUGAAAUAAAAGUUUUUGAACUUU